AUGACCACAAAACGCGACAGGUUCUACAAGUCCUCGAAAGGCCAUUUCCAGGAUAGCACAAUUUCGACGAAUCGGCGAGGAGGGAUUGACGGUGCACCUGGUUGGCAUUCGUCGUGUACGGCCCAGACGACCAUGACCGAGGUUGCUGGGAGGCAUGGAAGCGCGCACGCCGGAAUCGGAAACGGCGAGAGAUUGCAAGGACUUUGA